AUGGACAAAGAUUGCGACAUGGUAUAUAAGAAUGUUUCUGACAUAUAUAAAUCUGAAGAAUUUAAGACCUACGACAACCUUGUUUCGUUAGUUGCUGAAUGUGUAUGGCAGAUAAGAGAUGAAGAUAGAAGAGGUAAAGUAUGGAACAAACAAAUAAGACCCGCUAUGUUUGAGUUAAAGAAAACCAUUGACGCUUUAGUUGUUUUAGCAGGUAAGGUUUCAGAAUAUAACGCAAAAAUGAACCCGCAAUGUUCUAAAUGUAAAGCAGCAAUGAGGAGAUAUAACUACUCCGUCAAAGAGAUAGAACGUAUGAGAAACGACUAUGCAGACUUAAAGAAAGAAGCAGAAAAGCCAGCAGAAGAUAAAAUGGACAUGUUAGAAUUUCUGAACAAAAACUAUCCAACUGCUGACGAUUUCCUAUUAUCUGACGUCAAGAAGAAGUAUAAAGAAACCUUCGGCAUAGUUAAAACAUUCGAUGUACUAAAAGAAGAAAUAGAGGCUACGAAACUGUUUAAGAUUUCAAAUAUACAUCGUACAAUUCAUGUAAAACGCUUGUGA